CGCGCGGUGACCACCAGCCGCGAACACAUGAAAAAGCCGAAUCUCGUGGAAAAUACAAAGACCCGCCACCACGGGUAACAGAGCUCGAAAUUCUCUCUGCUCUGCUCCAAACCCCUUCUCUCUGAAACCGAACAACACAAACCCUAACGCCUCCGCACAUGGCCUCCUCGCUCCUCCAAUCUUCUUCCUCUUCUCUCUUCGCCGCCAAUCUUCCAACCUUAGGUCUCGUUGACCAUUCCCGCGCUCGAAUCUCCCUGCUUCCCACUGUGAAAUGUGAUAUGUCGGAAUCGUCGAAUUUAGUGAACGGGAAACCGAUCAUUCCCGUUCUUAACGAACGGACUUUGCCCAAGUUCAUGGAAUCUGCCAGGUCGGAGAAAACCGUCAGGAACAGUAACAGGUUGAAAUUGUUCUCCGGCACCGCUAAUCCUGCACUCUCUCAGGAAAUUGCUCGGUACAUGGGCCUGGAACUGGGAAAGAUUUCCAUCAAGCGGUUUGCUGAUGGUGAAAUCUAUGUCCAAUUACAAGAGAGUGUUAGAGGUUGCAAUGUAUACCUUAUACAGCCUACCUGCCCUCCUGCAAAUGAGAAUCUCAUGGAGCUUAAAAUAAUGAUUGAUGCUUGUCGGAGAGCAUCGGCCAAAAAUAUCACUGCUGUGAUUCCGUACUUUGGAUAUGCCAGAGCAGACAGAAAGACUCAAGGGCGUGAAUCAAUUGCAGCCAAACUUGUUGCAAACCUUAUUACAAAAGCUGGGGCAGACCGUGUUCUAGCUUGUGAUCUUCAUUCAGGGCAAUCCAUGGGUUACUUUGAUAUUCCCGUUGAUCAUGUACACUGUCAACCUGUCAUCCUUGAUUAUCUUGCCAGUAAGACAAUAAGUUCAAGUGAUUUGGUGGUUGUUUCUCCUGAUGUUGGUGGUGUUGCAAGGGCACGUGCUUUUGCAAAGAAAUUAUCUGAUGCACCUUUAGCUAUUGUAGACAAAAGGCGCCAUGGACACAAUGUUGCUGAGGUGAUGAACCUGAUUGGUGAUGUAAAAGGAAAAGUUGCAGUAAUGGUGGAUGAUAUGAUUGACACAGCUGGGACCAUUGCUAAAGGUGCUGCACUAUUACAUGAAGAGGGAGCCAGGGAAGUGUAUGCAUGCUGCACUCAUGCUGUUUUCAGUCCUCCAGCAAUUGAGAGGUUGUCCGGUGGCUUGUUUCAAGAGGUGAUUAUUACAAACACAAUACCUGUUGCAGAGAAGAACUAUUUCCCCCAGUUAACUAUUCUUACCGUAGCAAACCUGUUGGGUGAAACUAUUUGGCGUAUUCAUGAUGACAGUUCUGUCAGUAGUAUUUUUCAGUGAACAAUAGCAAUUUUACCUUUUACAGUUAAUUUAAUCAAUAAAUGCUGUUUUUAUUUUAAACUCA